UCAGUUCUAGUUGCUCUGUGAAUAAAAAAACUGCAUCAAGCUUCCAAAACACGAAAAUAUUUACGAAACGAAUCUAAUUUAAUUGUUCUUAUUUUAGAGUAAAUAGACAUUUCAAUUAUGGAUAAAUCAAGCAAGAGAAGAUAUUCAUCGUCUGACUCUGAUAGUGCUGAAGAAGGUAGAAAGAAGGAUCUCCAAGAACGAGAUGAAUUCGCUAAAAGAUUACGAAAACGAGACGAAGAGAAGGUUAAGAAACUGGCCGAUGCAUCAAAACGGUCGUACGAAGAAGCCGCUAAGCGUAUGAAGCUUGAAGCAGAAGACAGGGAAAAAAUAUUACCUAAACUUCGUGUUCAAUCUCGCCGCAAAUAUUUAGAGAAAAGAAAGGAUGAUAAAGUCAUAGAAUUGGAAGCUGAUAUCGCGGACGACGAGUACCUCUUCGAUGAGAGCAUACUUACUGCUCGUGAGAGGAAGGAAAGAGAGCACAAGAAAAAUCUUCUUCAAUUAGCUAAAGAACAUGAAAAGGCAAGAGAGUUGGAAAAUGUCCACAGGUAUCAUAUGCCUCAAGACCUGGGAAAAGGACAGAAAGGAGAAUACAUUGAAGUGGAUGACAAUGAGAAGAUGCCGAACUCUGAACAGCGGAAAUGGGAGCAGGAACAGAUCAAGUCAGCAUUCUUUAAAUUUGGAGCAAAAGAUGCAAAAGCCCAAGAUGAAUAUGAAUUACUAUUGGAUGAACAGAUUGAUUUUAUUCAGGCUCUUCAACUUGAAGGCAACAAAGAAAAAGUAAAAGAAGAAGAUAAAGAAAAAUCUGAGUAUCAGAAGCUCCGGAUGACCAUAGAGGAAACCAAGAAGUCCCUUCCUGUUUUUCCCUUCAGAGAUUCCUUGAUAGAAGCCAUUAAAAAUUAUCAAAUCUUGAUAGUUGAAGGAGAGACUGGGUCAGGUAAAACUACUCAAAUACCACAGUAUCUACAUGAAGCUGGAUUUACAGAUGAUGGUAAAAAAAUUGGAUGCACCCAACCAAGGAGAGUUGCUGCAAUGUCUGUAGCUGCCAGAGUCGCUCAGGAAAUGAAUGUGAAGCUUGGGAAUGAAGUGGGAUACAGUAUCCGCUUUGAAGACUGCACUUCUGACCGAACUGUCAUAAAGUACAUGACAGAUGGUACUCUACACAGAGAGUUCUUGUCGGAGCCUGAUCUAGCUUCCUACAGUGUCAUGAUCAUUGAUGAAGCUCAUGAGAGGACCCUGCACACUGACAUAUUAUUUGGUCUAGUAAAAGACAUCACUAGAUUCAGACCUGACUUAAAGCUCUUAAUUUCCAGUGCUACUCUAGAUGCUGAAAAAUUUUCUACCUUUUUUGAUGAAGCACCAAUAUUUAGAAUACCUGGAAGAAGGUUUCCAGUUGACAUUUAUUACACAAAGGCUCCAGAGGCAGACUAUGUGGAUGCUUGUGUAGUGUCAGUGCUACAGAUACAUGCCACUCAGCCACUCGGGGACAUUCUUGUGUUCCUUACUGGUCAGGAAGAGAUUGAGACUUGCGUAGAGAUGUUGCAGGAGAGGACUAAAAGAUUGGGAAAGAAGGUAAAGGAACUAAUGAUCCUACCUGUCUAUGCUAAUCUACCCAGUGAUAUGCAAGCUAAAAUAUUUGAGCCAACUCCUGAAGGAGCCAGAAAAGUUGUAUUAGCCACCAAUAUUGCUGAAACAUCCUUGACUAUUGACAAUAUAAUUUAUGUAAUUGAUCCUGGUUUUGCCAAGCAAAACAACUUUAAUUCCAAAACAGGCAUGGAGAGUUUGAUGGUUGUCCCCAUAUCAAAAGCCUCAGCUAAUCAAAGGGCUGGCAGAGCUGGCAGAGUAGCCCCUGGGAAGUGCUUCCGGCUUUACACAGCAUGGGCUUACAAGUAUGAGCUUGAAGACAAUACAGUGCCUGAGAUACAGAGAAUAAACUUGGGCAAUGCUGUACUCACACUGAAGGCGCUGGGGAUCAAUGACCUUAUACACUUUGACUUUUUAGACCCUCCUCCUCACGAGACGUUAGUCUUAGCUCUAGAGCAGCUGUAUGCCCUGGGGGCCCUCAACCACCAUGGUGAGUUGACAAAGGCUGGAAGAAGAAUGGCUGAAUUUCCCACUGACCCUAUGUUAGCUAAAAUGUUAUUAGCUAGUGAAAAGUACAAGUGCUCUGAAGAAGUGGUGACCAUUGCUGCAAUGCUUUCAGUAAACAGUUCAGUUUUCUACAGACCGAAAGACAAAAUAAUUCAUGCCGACACAGCAAGGAAGAAUUUCUUCCAUCCCACUGGUGAUCAUUUGACCUUGAUGAAUGUUUAUAAUCAAUGGGUCGAUUCAGAUUUUUCCAUACAAUGGUGUUAUGAAAAUUUCAUACAGCACAGAUCAAUGAAGAGAGCCAGAGAUGUGCGAGAACAAUUGGUCAGCCUCAUGGAUCGAGUUGAAAUAGAAAUGGUGUCUGGUAUUGCAGAUGACUCCAGCAUACGAAAAGCAAUCACAGCGGGAUAUUUCUACCACAUUGCUAAGUUUUCUAAAGGUGGUCAUUACAAAACAGUCAAACACAACCAAACUGUUAUGAUUCAUCCAAACAGUGCAUUGUUUGAAGAAUUGCCAAGGUGGGUCAUUUACCAUGAGCUGGUUUUCACAUCUAAGGAAUUCAUGAGACAGGUUACAGAAAUUGAAAGUAAGUGGCUUCUUGAAGUGGCUCCACAUUAUUACAAAUCCAAAGAAUUAGAAGAUUCUACUAAUAAAAAGAUGCCUAAAACAAUUGGUAAAUCAACAGGAAGUAAAUAAAAUAAUGUAUCAUAUGAAUAUA